AUGGCUGUUACAAGAAAUUCCAACAGAAGAAACACCUCUUCAACCUCUUCAACCUCUUCAACAACUAGAGUAACCAAAACCAGAAAACCAGCUAGAAAAACCAAAGCUAAUCCUCGUGUUACAGCAAUUGAAAACAAUAUUUCUGCAUCACAUGCUGCAUCAACAUCUGAAAACACACCAAACUCAACCACUUCAGAAGAAAAUUUUUCAACAAAUGGUGCUCAACAAGCUGCAUUAUCUGCACAAAAUGAAAAUUUUUCUAAUUCAACUGAAACGGACCAUGAAACAAAUGGGUCAAAUCAAAAUCGCACUUUUUUCCCACCACCUGGAUUACCUCAACCAAAUUCAGCACCAUUGUUUCCUCCAGGUUUAUCUGCACCUUCAUCACUUCCACCUGGUUUAUCAAAUAAUACACAACUUGGAACCAAUAGCACAAAUUCAAACGCUAAUGCUGCUACUAAUGUCCUCAAUUCAAUGGAUCCACAAACACUUGCUCAACUAUUACAGUUACUUCAAGCUGUUCAACAACCUCUGCAACAACAAAAUCAUAAUGAUUCACCCAUCAACAUCAUUACAACCUUGAAAGACAAAUGUUUCAAACAAAUUCCAAAUGGGUUUUCUCAAGCGUGGUACUAUUGUCUUGUGAACAAAUUGCCAACAUCAGACUCAGAGUGGUUAAACUUACCAAAUCCAUUCUAUACACCACUGGACAUCAAUACCAUUACAAAAUUAUAUCCAGCUGCAUAUGAAAUUAUCAACAAGCAUCUCAUUACCACCUUAUCAUCAACCUUGAAUUUUCAAUAUUUAUACAACAAGUUAGGAAGAGACACACAUCCUUCCAAAGCACAAGAAUAUUUGGAUCUAGUUGCAACAGUUCAUGUACCAAAUGUUAUACAUCCAAUUUACAACUCUGCAGUGAAAUUGACCAACAAUUUUGAAAUUCCAAAUGACUUCCUAAGUUUUCUCAAAAGUAGAGAAAAAUCCAUUGAAGAAUUCAAAACCAAACACCAAAACAAUUUGGUUGCUGCAUUAGAGACAGUGAUCACUUUAAUGCUGUUUAAUCAGGAAAGAAAAUUCUUCCCUGAAAGUGACAAAUUUAUUUUGAAAUUCAUUAAAAGCAUAUUUCAUGAGAAAGGAGAAAUCACAUAUGGACUGUUGUUGGAGAAAUUUUUGCAUGAAGGGAAAGAAAAUGUGUUGAAUGUCAACAGAAACAAUGACAUGGUAAAGAUCAAUACAGUACAAGUGGAUUUUGAAACACCUGUUAGCUAUGAUAAAAAUCAGAACAAAUCACGUCAAUGGACUAGUUCAAAGUUUAGUGAUCAAAAACCAGCUUCAUCAACGACAAAACCAUUUACCAAUCCCAAGUUUGCAAAUUUGAUAAGAACUGAAGGUCCUGAAGGUGGAAAUUAUUUCAAGUAUUAUCACAGCAUACCAUCAGAUAUAGGACACAGUUCAAUUGGGGAUAAAGCGCCAUAUUGUCAUCAUUGUGGUAUUAGACAUGAAAUAAAUCAACAUGUAUUUGAUUUAACUGGAAAAGUUUCAUCACUUGAAAAAUUUCAACAGCAACUCACUCAACUUCUCAAGUAUAAACCUCAGGGACAUCAAGAAACGAUUGCUAAAACAUUAAAGCUCAUUAAUGAGAACAAAUAG